UGGUUGCUGUACUGACUACGUGCCUCAAAAUGGACGGAGGAGGGUAGUAGCAAAAUGCUACCUACAGUAUAAAAAUUCAUUUUAUUCCGUAAAUGACUCAAUAUUUAGAAAUUAAAAGAGAAUGAGUUUGACACUAAAGCUUUAUCUUCUACUCCUACUUGUCUUGAGUCAUCAUGUUGAUUGUGGCUCUAUCGUCAAGUUUCUUCCCGGUUUUGAAGGCCCUCUUCCGUUCGAGCUUGAAACAGGGUACAUCGGCAUUGGUGAGGAAGAGGAAGUGCAAUUGUUCUACUACUUCAUCAAAUCUAAGAAGAAUCCAAAAGAAGAUCCUCUCCUUAUUUGGUUAAACGGAGGACCUGGAUGCUCUUCUCUCGAAGGCCUUUUUUUUGAGAAUGGACCUGUGGGUCUGAAGUUUGAGGUUUACAAUGGAAGUCUAGUUUCUUUGGUCUCUUCUACAUAUUCAUGGACACAGGUGGUGAACAUAAUAUACUUGGAUCAACCUGUUGGAGCUGGCUUCUCCUACUCAAGAACUCCACUUGAUAAAACUAGUGACACAAAUGAAGCAAAGAUGAUCCAUGAGUUUCUUCAAAAGUGGCUAAGCAAGCAUCCACAGUUUCUCUCCAACCCGUUUUACGUUACCGGAGAUUCUUAUUCCGGCAAGACUAUUCCAGCACUCGUUCAAGAAAUCUCAAAAGGAAAUUAUAUAUGUUGCAAACCUCUCAUUAAUCUACAGGGUUAUGUGCUGGGAAACCCAGUAACAUAUCCUGAAAUUGAAGAAAACUAUCGUAUUCCAUUUUCACAUGGAAUGUCAUUAAUCUCUGAUGAACUAUACGAGUCGUUGAAGAGAAAUUGCGAAGGAAAUUAUGGAAAUGUGGAUCCACGUAACACAAAAUGUUUGAAACUUGUUGAAGAAUACCAUAAGUGCACUGACAAAAUAAACACACAACAUAUAUUAUUACCAGAUUGCGAUGACAAAAGUAAUUCAUCAAAUACAUCUCCUGAUUGUUAUUAUUAUCUAUAUUAUCUCAUUGAAUGUUGGGCCAACAACGAGAGAGUUCGCGAAGCUCUUCAUGUUGAAAAGGGGACUAAAGGACAUUGGCAGCGAUGUAACUGGACUAUUCCAUACAAUCAAGACAUUAUAAGCAGCGUACCUUAUCAUAUGAAUAACAGCAUCAGCGGAUAUCGAUCUCUUAUUUAUAGUGGUGAUCAUGACAUCACGAUGCCAUUCCAAGGAACUCAAGCUUGGAUCAAAUCUCUGAAUUACUCCAUCAUUGAUGACUGGAGGCCAUGGAUGAUAGAAGAUCAAAUCGCUGGAUACACGAGAACUUAUUCCAAUAAGAUGACAUAUGCGACCAUCAAAGGAGGUGGACACACAGCAGAGUAUAAACCAAACGAGACAUUUAUCAUGUUCCAAAGGUGGAUCAGUGGCCAUGCUUUGUAAAAGAGACUCAUGGCCUUGGAAGCAUAAUUUUUUUGGAAUGCUAAAUGUAUUAUUGAGUGAAAUAAAAUUAAACUUCUUGAUCGUAAAGUUUUUUACAUGGUUCACUAUAUAUACAUUUGUUUAGUAAAA